UUGACGGCCUAGCAGGGACAGAAGAAGAACUAGCUGACCUGGUGAUGCGCAUUGACAAGACUGCCGCAGCAUAUGGCAUGCAAAUAAAUGCCGAAAAAACUCAAAUUAUGACCAAUAGCCAUCAGGGCUUUAAAAGAGGCAUCAGUAUUGGAGGUGAAAAGCUAACUAGUGUUAACAGCUUCAAAUACCUCGGAGCUAUUGUCUCAGAUGAGGGAACAAAACCCGAAUUAUUGGCCUGAAUAGCACAGUCCACAGCAGCCCUUUCAAAACUUAAAAUAAUAUGGAAAGAUAAGGGCUUAACCCUCAGCACCAAAAUCAGACUGAUGCGCUCUCUGGUCAUGGCCACAUUUUUAUAUGCUUGCGAGUCGUGGACGUUGAAUGCAGAGCUUGAGAGGAGGAUCCUAGCAAUGGAAUUGAGAUGCUACAGAAGGAUCCUAGGCAUCACAUUCAAAGACCGCAUCACAAACCAAGAAAUCAGAGACAGGGUUACUGUAGCGAUCGGAGCCCAUGACGACCUGCUAACUAUUGUGAAAAAAGACGAAAGCUUAAAACCUUUGGUCACAUUACAAGAUCUACGGGGCUCGCAAAGACCUUCCUUCAGGGAACAGUGCCAGGAAAAGAAGAAGAGGCCGACAGAAAAAGCGAUGGGAGGACAACAUUAAAGAAUGGACAGGCCUGCCAUUGAGAGAGGUUCUAAACAAGGCAAAAAAAGGGAGGAAUGGAGAAAGACGGUCGACAAAUCUUGCCUGGUGCCCCAACGGUCCAACAGACUAAGGGAUAGGUAAAGGUAAAGAUCUAUAUAAAUCUAAUUUACAUCUUUGUCCAAACCUAAUUAAAUUAACUAAUUUGGUAAUGUGCAUAGUGCAUAAUAUCAUUAUGGCUUCUAAACAAAAAACUGCUGUAAUUUGGAAGUUCAAAAUAUAUAGAGAUCUAUGUAGGCCUAUUAAAAAAAAAACAUAAUAAAAAGGCAAAAAAAAAAAAUACAUCAAAAAGAUAUUAUUUUUUUCUUUAUGUAAAUUUGAUGCUUUAAAAAAAACACAACAACAUGUAAAAUAGAAUAAAUGAGACUGCAUAGAGUUGAUAAAGUAAGCUUACACUGUUACACUAGAAACAAACAGAUAAGUUUAAAAGUCAGGCCACUGAUUUUAGAGAUUUAAUGUUAUUUAAUUAAGAGAAUUUAAAACAUAAAUGAAAAAAUUACAAUGAGACUAAUAAAGCUUAAACUGACCCCAUGGUACCAAACACAGGAUUUUUUUUUUAUAGUACUGGUAACUGAGGAAGGUUUAUUACAGGCAUGAGUUUGAUCUUUUUGAAACUAAUUCCUAAAAAAAAAUUUUUUCCUAGACAACUUCAAAACUACUUUGUCAACUAUCCAGAGAUUCAGGGGAAUGAAAUCUUAGACUAUUUAUAAUUAAGUAUUCAAAGCAAUGCUGUGGUCUGCACCUCCAAUGCUGCUGAAGAAAUAGAGAUUGCGAACAGUACAGAAGAAAACCAUGUUUAUGACUCAGUAAUAUAUACAGGAUAUUAGACCAUCCAGCCUGAAACUUCGGAGAGCCUAACUGAAAGCAUCCCAACCAGUAUUGCUGACCAAACUCCCAAGACUUCAGAGGGCCUAACUGUAACUAUUGCUGACCAAACUGAAACAGAUCCAGUUUAUAUUAAUAUGGCUUGCUGUGGUGAUUGUGUUUGUAUAGACCAUUGUGGACAACACUUUAUAGAACCUUGGUUGUAGGAUGGGAGGAUUUCUAUGUUUAUUUAUUUUAUUUAUUAUUAUUUCAUUGGUUGGCUAGGUGAAGUGGGGUGACGGCCCUUGAGUAUUAUUAUUGUUGUUGUUAGAGGCCAGAGCUGUGGAGCCUAGCCGUACGAUAUGAGUUAUAUGGAAGUCAGUUUAUAAUGAUGUACAUAUUCAGUUAGUUAACGUUUGAUGAUUUGUCUUCAGCCACUGAUACCCUGAUUUACUUUUAUUAAAGUUAUAUAUUUUAUUGUUAAUUAAUCUCUGGCGUCUCUUGAGUUAUUGAAAGAAGUAUUACUAGUACGUUCUGUGUCAAGUAUAAUCCCUGUAAGGAGUUCACAACAAUCACAACAAUGGUGGAGCAGCAAGUGUGUCAACAAGUUGACAGGUGAACUAUUUCAUCAUUAUAGUUGUUAUCUAUUAUCUUCUGGUCAGCAGUAAGCUCUACUGACUUCAAAUAUAGAGCUGGGAAAUCAAUUAAUUCAGGGACUAAAAGGCUUGUCGUAAAGUAUAAGAACAAACCUACGUCCAUAAAAUGGCCGAGAAAGUAUACGGUGACCUACUAAAACUUUAUGAAACGGGGAAGAGUCUUGGCUACCAAAGAGAAGAAUUGGACGAGUGGGUUGCUAAAAUCAUAAAACAGAAUGAGGAGAGAGAUGCUAGAAUGGAAGAGAGGAAAGAAAGAGAAGAAGAAAGGAAAGAAAAGGCGAAAAUAGAAGAACGGAAGAUGGCAAUGCAGGAAGAAGAGAUGAGAUUUAAAUGGAAACUAGAAGAGGACCAAGUAGCGGCCAAAAUAAAAAGAGACGACGAGGAAUCGAAGGCCAAAAUUGCCGCAAUCGAAAAAGAGAGUAAAGCAAAGGAUGAAGAGGAGCAGGAAAAUAGGAACACGAGGAAAAGAAAUACGCCCCAAACAAAGAGACAAAAAUUCGUGGAAGGCACGGAUAAGAUGGAUGCAUUUAUCAACAGAUUUGAAAUGCUGAUGAAACUUGAAAAGGAACCACAACACGAAUGGGCCAUAUAACUUCUCAGUUUGGUCGGAGGAAAGGCCCUCGAUGCACUACAAGUCCUAAGCGACGACGAGGUAGCAAACUAUGCCAUCCUCAAGAAAACAUUACUUGAUUUCUAUCAAUACAGCGAAGAUGAGAAGUGUGGAGACCGUUAUGGAACUGUGUCAAACUUAUGUAGCGGCACAUCCGGGCGAAAUACUACAAAAGGUUGAAAACAAUGAAGAAAUCGAAUUUGCCGCCGCAGCAGUCUCUACAACAGCACGAUUUACAAAGGAAGAAACAGCACAACAACUUAGUCCAACACAAAACAGAGAUAUACAAACAGAACGAAAUGAUUAUAGACUAAAUCAGUCACCGGCCCAGAGAAGUGAAGUGAGAUGCUACAACUGUGGGAGAAUGGGGCACAUAGCGAAGUAUUGUCGAGAUGCCCGGAGAACAGAAUACUACAAGAACGAUGUUGUAGCCCAUGUUGGAGGCUUGGCGGAUAGCCUUUCACCGUACGUAUGUCCAGCUAUAGCAAAUGGCUAUCAUACCCACGCUCUACGCGAUACUGGUGCCACCAAAUGUGUACUCUUAGCUAAACUUGUGAAACCUCACCAGUACACUAAGAGACAAUGCAAAGUACAAGGUUUCGGAGGGCAAAUAAAGAGCUACCCAACAGCUAUAGUACACAUUAAUUCUCCGUAUUUCAAUAAAAAGGUUGAAGCUAUAGUUGUUGAGAAUGGUCCAUUCGAAGUGGUGAUAGGGAAUGUACCAAAUAUAGAGACCCCCAGUGAGGCUCAGAUCGACAGAUGGAAACAAUUUUUUAAUUGGGAGCCAACACAAGAAGCUGAUGACAUCGACCAAUCAGCAACGACUGAAUGUCAAGGGCAACAACAAAUGAGACAAGCCUACAACCCUAAAGACGUAGAACACCGUUGUCCAACAAUUCCUUUAGAAACGAUACAACAAGUGGAAGACAGACAACAAAAACUAAAACCAGAACAAGAAAGUUAUGAUCAUGUUGGCAGUAACGAAAAUAAGGAAGAUUUAUUUGUGCACCAGACGGCCAUAGGUAAAAGCAACCCAAGAAAAUACCCUACAAGUGUUACAGAAGGCGAAAAAACGGAAUGUGACCUCGUCGAAGAGAAGAAACGAAAAGAAACAGCAAGCGUAACUGGUCCAGGUGGUUCUAAUGUGCAGGGCAGUAAAGAUUUUGCUGACCCAAGUAGCUCUAGGACGAGUGGGUGGUAUCUAUGGUACAGAGAAAAAGGCAAUGGAGGAAGGCGGCAGUAUCCAGAGGACCAAGGAGAAUUUCAGCCUCAAAGAUACCAAGGCUAUCAAGGACGUAGACCUUGUUACAGACACAACAGAUACUAUUGCAGCCCACCAGUCAACAGAUAUUAUGGUAACCGAGACAGAUGGGGAGGUCCAUGGAGACGAAGAGAAUUUGAUUGGCAGUGGUGGCGAAAUUCAAGGCUGACUCGCUUCUAAAAUGUGCAUGUAUCUUGAAGCUACACAUAUGUAGAGCUACUAGUAUAAUUUGGACUAAAAUUCUUCAAGGUCAAGGUCAAAUAGAGGGUUGCAGCCACACUGUGUGUGUGUGGAGGCUACUUCAGCUCCUGUGACUGGAAAAAAACAAAACAAAGUGAACAUACCUGUGGCAAAGUAUUAGGCAGAAUAUUUUACUAAGUGACCUUUGAUCUAGCGACCAGAAGGAAACAACUGUGUGUUAGUAUGAGACAAUGUGAAUCUGUCUGUACCAGUCACAAGUUUGCUGUGUAUAGAGACAUUGUUUUCCUUGACAACUGGCAGUACUUUAUCGUAUCACCUUUGAGUCACUCUUGAUUCAGACGAUGUGCAGCAAGUUUGAAAACAGCAACAGAGCAGAUUGUUAACACUUACCCCGCCCCCCCCCCAUACUGCAGAGCAUUGUCAACAUUUACCCCACUACAUGUAAUCUUCUUGGUCUGGGGAAAGAACGUUUGAGACCUGGGCGUAUGAGACUGUGUAUUUCUAGCUAACGCUUACAACACCAAUAGAUAGAGGCUAUCUACACUUGCCACUGUUAACAUCAACAUUACCAUCAGAGAAUACAUAAAUAAUCAAACAAGGUGACGUCUGACAGUACAAAUCCUUUGGUGAGGCAGCUUACCACCAUAACACCCUCAGAACAAGUGACCCCAUCUUGUAGAAUAGUGAGACCAUUACGCAACGACUUUCGUUAUCGAGCUUAGAGACCUUAGAAAGAACUAUCCAGAAUGAUGUUGAAGCUGUUGAAUUGUUCAAUGUACUUAGAGGCGACCUAACUAUAGACUAAAUGUCCUGUUUUAUAAUUAUUCUACUCUAAGGUUAAAUGUAAAGAAAUGAAUGUGCUAACUCUUUCUCGUAAAUUGCCACCAGUCCUAUCGACAACCCCGUUGAUUUAAAUGAGAAGUGUAGUACCGUGAUAUUUAGUCUGUUGGGAGUUGAAAUAUAGUUCCUCUUGUAUAAAUUCACAAGGCAGGGAAGCAAGCCUCCUAUUUGUAUCAUACUAGAAUACUUGAUGACCAGAUUUUGAUUUGAUUAAGUUAACAAUUUGAAUUGUUAAUUAAAUUUUUUCCUUCUUCUCCUAUAUUAGUUGUUUGUUAAUGUUGUAGAGAAUUUUGGUGAUAUUGUUACAAAGGUAUUUAUUUGGUAAAUGUAGAAAUGUAAACUAAAUAGAGAUGUUAACAUGUAAAAUUUUUUUUGUGAUUCUGUCAUUUUUCCAAUUCGGUUUUAAGUCCAAUGCCAUUAAUGGUAGUGUAGAUCUGUGUAAUUGUUUCCCAUUUCACUCUUUCUUUACGCUAUUAAUAAGUUAUAUUAAUAGCUUAUUUUGGUGAGGGGGGAAUGUGGUGAUUGUGUUUGUAUAGACCAUUGUGGACAACACUUUAUAGAACCUUGGUUGUAGGAUGUGAGGAUUUCUAUGUUUAUUUAUUUUAUUUAUUAUUAUUUCAUUGGUUGGCUAGGUGAAGUGGGGUGACGGCCCUUGAGUAUUAUUAUUGUUGUUGUUAGAGGCCAGAGCUGUGGAGCCUAGCCGUACGAUAUGAGUUAUAUGGAAGUCAGUUUAUAAUGAUGUACAUAUUCAGUUAGUUAACGUUUGAUGAUUUGUCUUCAGCCACUGAUACCCUGAUUUACUUUUAUUAAAGUUAUAUAUUUUAUUGUUAAUUAAUCUCUGGCGUCUCUUGAGUUAUUGAAAGAAGUAUUACUAGUACGUUCUGUGUCAAGUAUAAUCCCUGUAAGGAGUUCACAACAAUCACAACACUUGCCAAACUGUGAGUGAUUUAACAAUAUUUCUAGUCUUAUUUUAAGCUUAUCAUCAACAUGCUAUUUUAUUAUUUCUAUAUUUCAAGUUUUUUUAUUAUUAUUAAAAUGACUGUGUUUUUUUUAUUAGAAUGUUUGAGCUCUCUAUUUUUUUUGUUUGUUUGACAACACCAGAUCCAGCCCAAAUCUUCAGAGUGCCUUAUUGAAAGCAUCUAUAAAAUACCUACAAACAAUACUGUCCGAAUUUUCCAGCCCAAGACUUCAGAGAGUCAAACUGCAACUAUUAGUAGAACCUCUACCUGUGUUGCUGACCAAACUCUUAAUGAUUCCAAAUGCCCAACUGAAACUGAUCCAGUUUAUAUUAAUAUGGCUUGCCAAACUACUGUCAAUGAAAGGAAUAAAUGAAAACAUUUGAGCAGCCUUAAAUAUACUGAAAUUUUAUUCUACAAAAAUGUAACUUCCUUCAGAAUGAAAAAAACAAGUUUUGGGCAAUUAUACGGAAAAAAAAACAAGUUUGGGACAAUUUGAAAUAUGUCUGAUUCAGGUCUUUUUGAAUGAUUGUUGUGUUUUUUUAAUAUUAAAAUAUUUUUUUUGUGUGUUUUAGAUCUAUAUGUUAUAACUGUAAAAUUGAGUUGUUUAAUUUCAUAUGCAUAAGUCUUGUUAAGUUGUUCAGUAUUUCAUAGAGAUAUUUCCUUUUGAUACCAUCAUAAGCGAUUUAAGUUGAUGUACUAGUACAUUGUUUUCUUGACAUUUUUUUAGUUUGUAUUUAUGUUAUGAGUGCUGCUUUCAAUCUGUUAGUAUUACUUCUUCCAAAAUUCUUGAUAUUGGUUAGUCUUAUUGUGAAUUCAGGUUUUUUCCUCCAUUUUUAUUAGCUCUGUUGUAAUUUUGGUCCUCUCCUGGUGCUUCGUAAUUUUUUAUUUCUGAUGUUUAAAUUAGAGUUGGUGAGUUUAUAGUGUUUGUAGGUUUAUAGUGUUGGUGGCUGUUCAUAUUUUCCUUUGUCUCCAUCUUGUUUUAAUUAGGAAAUCCUCAACGUAUUCAGCCCAUUUGUCAAUGACCCUUCUGUUUUUUUUGUGACGAGGACACCAUUAUAGUUCUCAUACAUGUGUGAUUUUGUUUGAAAUUCAUUCUUGUUAUCCCUUAUUUUCAUGCCCAUUCCUCUCGCAUCAAGGUUCUCAAUGAGUGCUCUUUGUUUUUUUUUAUUGCCUCAUUUUUAUGCUUUCUGACUGAUUUUGUAACCCUUCGCCUUGCUUCUUUGUACUGCUUUCUGGUUUCUUUCUUUAGCAUUAUUUGUCUGUUCAAUAUGCCUGCAUUCUAUAUGUCAGACUCUCCUUUUCUUUUGCUCAAAUCCAACCAUGUCAUCUGCUUUACUUUUAAUAGCAUGUUGUUGUUUUUUUAUUGCUCAUUUGUUAUAAUUAGGAUUACCCACAGGCUACAUCUGUUGUUGUGCUUCAACAAUUUAUCUUUUGGUCUGUGAAUUCUAGUAUAUGCUUCAUUUAAUUGGAGUGGCCAGCUUUAAAUUCCUUCCCAUACACACUUCUGGCCUGUGAACUGUUCUCACGUAACAUUUUGACCCAAUAUCCCCCAUCCAAUUUCAAUACUCUUCUAAGAUAUUACUUUAAAUUAGAGCGGCUCACUUAUAUUGACUUUCCAUACACAAACACAUCCUUCUGGCCGUUUUUUUUUUUAACCACCACCCCAACACACAAAAUAAAAUAUCUAUAUCUGCAUUUUCUUUUUAAAACAUUUUACACACAUGAAAAAAAUUUUUGUCCUAGCUUUGAUAGAAAAAAAAAGAUUGUUUUCAUAUAAUGUCUACAAAAACAAGUUUGGUGCCACAUACUGCCAUUGAAAUUUACUUUCAAAAGUUGUUUUUUUUUAAAUGGUGAUUAAAACAGAAAGAAGUAUAAAAUUGUCUUUUUGUUAUAGCAACUUGAAGAUAAAAUUGGGAAUGAAACAUCAUUUUGGGAAGUUUUAAUUGCUGUAGUUUCCAUUUGUGAGCUGGCUUAGUUGUUCUAGAGCAGGGGUUCUCAACCUGUGGGUCGCGACCCCCUUGGGUGUCGCCUAAGACCAUCGAAAAUAUGGAUUGUUUUUGUCUAUUCAUCUUUUGCUGUGUGUGUGGGGGGGGGGGGGGGUCGCGGCCGAGUGGGGGAUUCUAAAAAGGGGUCACCAAGCUUAAAAGGUUGAGAACCGCUGUUCUAGAGACAAGUUAAGUAAUAACAAGUUAAAUUUGUAUUUUUUUUUAGUUCACCACAAUCGGGGUACCGUAACUAGUGAAUGGUGAGGGAAUCAGUAAGUGCCCUUAGAAUUAUAGUCUAGAUUGUAAUUGUCCUUUUCCAAUGCUGUUAGAUGUGUUAGGAAUUCUUAAGUUUCUGCAUCAAGUGGGUCUAUCAUGACAUUUUGAGUAUCAUAUUGCUGUGCUACUUUGGUUAUUGUAUAUUUUACUUUUACUCUUUGUCUAAAUUUAGCUUUGGCUACUAGAUGGUCUGCAUCUGUUUGUCUGAAACUUCUUACAUGAAAGACAUCAAAUCUACAUCUUUUACUUAUGAUUAUCCAUUUAUGAUCUAUUGGAUUUUGGUUUUUCCAUCAGGUGAGAUCCAUGUUGCUUUAUACAUUUUCUUAUGCUGGCAUUUAGUGCUACAGAUAGACAUUCCUUUUCCUGAGGCCCAACCCAGUAAUGUUAGAUCAUUAUUAUUUGCCUCUUCAUAAGUUUUCUUUGCCGAUUAUUGGUCUGAAGGCGAAUUCUUUUCCAAUUUUGGCAUUGAAAUCUCCUAGAACUAUUUUGAUGUCCUGCAGUGUUGCCUUGUCAUAAAUUCUUCUAGUCCAUCAUAGAAGGCUUAUUGUGUGAUCAAUGCUUUUUCCUUCAACGUUUAGGGCGUUUUAUUAUAGCCUAAACAUUUUUUUAAAAUUAACUUUAUAUUAUUCAUAUUUGUUUUAGCUUUCCCAACAAUAUUUUUUUUUAUAUGACUGUUGUUAACCCUGUGCACAACCAGCUGGGGGUGGCCUAUUAAGCUCUCUGGAUAGCUGCCUUUACUUUCAGUUAAGGUGCCAUAAUCUUUGUGGAUCCUUCCUUUUCAUACAGGCAGCAGGUUCGAUUUUGGUAUACCAUAAGUAUUUUAUUUCUUCGAUAUUUGCCAUAUCUGAAGAGCAUUCCCGUAUUUGCCACCUGAGUAAAAGUUUGAUGGGAGAUCAAAGACUCCAGAUGAGAAAAGUUCCAGCUUGAUUUAAUUGUGAUCCUUCAGUUGUGAAACUACGAUAUGGAAAUGAAUCCCUGUGCAAUGGCAAUGGUCGAAACUAAAUCUCCUCAGCAGUUUCCCUCUCUCCAAGCAACUGAUCUAGAUCCAAAGGAACAGCAAGUGUUGAUACAAGAUCAGUGGCCUCACAGGCUUUAUACUAUUGUCUUUCUACUUCUGCUGAUGAAUUUCAGAAUUAUGGCCCUUGAAGGCCUGAUUGUUAAUUUGUUUACCAACAUUGCAUUGCACUAGAUAAAAUUAUUUUAUAAGCUUUGGAAGCUGCCUGUUUUCUUCGUAUUCAACUUUUUGUUUUCACAUAUUAACUUCGAACAUUUACUUUUUAAAAAUGAAUGUAGCCAUGAUAUCUGGACAGUUAUUUUGUAGGGAUACUGUUUGAGUCACAGCUUUUCUGGAAUGUUACUUGCGAGUUGCAUAAUCAAACUAUCGAUGUGAGGAAAUAAAGUACUAAGGUUAUUACCUGCAUGUAAGGCUUGUUAUUUACCUAAAAUUAGGAUGAACUAUUUGUUAUGAACUAUUUGUUGUGAUUAAAAUUUUGAAACAGUU